AUGACCACUGCAGUCCUCCAAGGCAUGGCUGACGGCGCAAGCUCAGGGGUGCGCCUGCACAGUGAGGUGCUGCAGGGUAAGUGUGAUAAAAAGGGGCAGCCGGAGCAGCGGAAGGAGGGGCAGCUGCAAAAAAGCUUCACCUUCACUUCCGCCACCUCCCCCUUCACAUCCGCCAUUUCCCCUUCACUUCCGCCACCUCCCCCUCACUUCCACCACCUCCCCCUUUACUUAUGCCACCUCCCCCUCUACUUCCGCCACCCCCCUCUUCACUUCCGCCACCUCCCCCUUCACUUCCGCCACCUUCCCCUUCAAUUCCACCACUUCCCCCUUAACUUCUGCCACCUCCCCCUUUACUUCCACCACCUCCCCCUUCACUUACACCACCUCCCGUUUCACUUCCGCCACCUUCCCCUUCACUUCCGCCACUUUUCCGUUCACUGCAGCCAGUUCCCCUCUCAUUGCUGCCUCACGAUGCUCAUUCACCUCCCUGUCCACAGUCAUCGUCUCAGAAGCGUUCAACCAAUGUAA